AUUUGCGUUUUAAUUCAAUCGUUCAUCGGCGUUCGUUUCGCCGCGCUGUCUAUCGACCUCCUUUUUCUCACGUCGAUUUAUUUUAGUAACAAAGCUUAACAUCAGGAUUAUGCGGAUUGUUAAAUAAAAUGUGAAUUUGAAUAAGUUUUAAGUCCAUAUCAACUAUGAUGAACGAACAAGUUUCAAUGUUUGUCAUAGUUUAGUUAAAUUAUCUAGUGCCUAUAUAGUGAUUAUCGACCUCAUUCAUUCGACUGUUUAUGUUUAGUAAACGGGUAUCUCGAAGUUUGUUUUGCAAACACAAAGCUUACUCGAUCACAAUCCAAUUAUUAAUAGUGCGUGUGCAUUGCGUGGUGUGCAGGUGGUGUCGUGUCGUGUCAGUUAUGCUAGUGCAGUGAAAUGGGUGCGAUGGGCAGAAUGUAUAAGAUGGUGGUGUGCCUGUGGGUGGCGGCCGCGGGCUGGGGCGGCGCGGUGGCCGAGAUCGGCAGCAACAUGAACAACAUCUCGGGCAGCAUGCUGCGGGACCUGACGGACGUGCUGGGCAUGGUGGAGGUCUCCUACUCGGAGCCCGUCAUCAAUGUGUCGUACGUGGCCAGCGUGCAGUUCGACAUGCGCGCCAUGGGCCCCGUGUACAACUCCACGCACCUCGUCAUCGACGCCAUCGCCAACAAGCAGGCCUACCCUGAAGGCAUGGUGACGGUGUCGGACGGGCACGCGUACGUCAAGCCGCUGAAGGAGGAGUGGCGCGCGCUGCUCGUGCACUACGCGGGCCCUACCGCCGUCAUCGUGGUCGCCGUGCUGCUCAUCGCUAUCCUGCCCCUGGCCGGCCUGUUCUGGUGCUGCUGCUACUGGUGCCGCAUGGGCAGGCGGCGCCGUCCCUUCGACCGCAAGUACGACGCUUGUCUCAAGGGAAUCCUCGCCAUCAUACUCAUCGGACUACUCACGCUCUUCUUGUUCGGCGUGGUGUGCGCGUUCGCGACCGACUCGCAGGUGGAGACGGGCAGCGCGGAGGCGGCCGACUCCCUGAAGGCGGGCAUCCGGGAUGCGCGCGAGUUCCUCAACGCCACUCAGGCGCAUGCGCGCUGGCUGCUCGUCGUUAACUACAGAGAGCUGGAGAUCAAGCUCAACUCCAUGCUGUACAGUAUUGGCGUGACGGCGUCGGUGAAGCUGGGCGAGUUCUCGCGCGCGGUGUCGGUCACGACGCUCAACAAGCUGGUGCAGCAGCUGGACGGCGUGCGCGAGCAGCUGCGCAGCGUGCACGCGCUCACCGCCACGCUGCGCGCCAAGGCCGAGGAGCUCAACACCGGCCUCCGCAAGGUCAAGAACCAGCUGCUGCAGACGCUCGCCAAGUGCGACCAGCCCAAGUGCCGCGCGCUACAGGACAAGUACAAGAUCGGCCAGCUCGACACCGAGAUACAGUACAGCCAGAUGCCGGACGUGACGGAGUUGCUGAACAACGUGUCGGCGCUGCUAGACAGCGACAUCAAGAGCGAGGUGGCGGCGGGGCAGCAGGUGUUCAGCGACAUCCAGCGCGGCAUCCAGCGCUCCGUGGACCAGCACAUGCCCGACGUCUCGCAAGCCAUCGCUGACAUCGGCAAGAAGUUGGCGGGCGUGGCGGACGAGAUCACGUGGAUGGCCGGCAACGCCAGCGCAGUGCUGCAGCGGCAGGAGUCGAGCGCGGCAGAGCUGCGGCGCCUACACGCCACCUACGGGCCCUACCGCCGCUACGCCGGCCUGGCCGCCGCCAUCGCACUGCUGCUGAUCACGUGCCUGCUGGCGUGGGGGCUCAUGUGCGGCGUGUGCGGCAAGCGCCCCGACGUGUACGGCGCCAGCGACUGCUGCAACAAGGGCGCCGGCUCCAAGAGCCUGCUCUGCGGCAUGGGCGCCAUGUUCCUGCUGGGCAGCGCCGUCACGCUGGUGCUGCUCGUCUACUUCAUCGUCGGCGUCGCCACACAGCGCUUCGUCUGCGACCCUCUCACUGAGCCGCGCGACAACCGUCUGUUCGGCGACCUGGAGCAGCUGGUGGACUUCGAGAACAUGCUGUUCAACGAGCGCCGCGACCCCGACUUCAACAUGACGGCCGCGCUGCUGCGCUGCCACGACAACCAGACCAUCUACCAGGUGCUGCACCUGCACCGGCUGGUGAACCUGUCGGACACGAGCGAGGCGGUGCGGGGCUCGCUGACGCGGCACGUGGCGGCGCUGCGGCCGCUGCUGCCGGGCGAGCGGCCCGUGGCCAUCCUGCGGCCCGGCGCGCGCGACAAGCUGCGGCGCCUGGCCGACAGCGGGCUCUCCGACUUCGACUUCGAGCGCAUCCUGGCGGCGCUGGAGACCAACAUGACGACGCUGGCGCUGGACUCGCUGGCGCGGCAGCUGAACAGCACGGCGGCGUCGCUGCAGCGGCCGCAGCUGGCGGAGGAGGCGCGGUCGCUGCGCAGCGCGGCGGCGGCGCUGGCGGCGCUCAUGCGCGACGUGCUGCGGCCCAUGCUCGACUACUCCGCGCAGCUCAACAGUACGGCGACGAAGCUGCGCGACGGGCUGCGCUUCAACCACUCGUCGCUGAAGGACGCCAUCACGUACCUCAUGCACGAGACCAGCGAGGCCGAGGUCUUCCUCAACACCGAGGGGCCCGACCGCGUGCAGAACAUGACGGCGGGGCUGGCGGACGCGGUGGCGCUGCGGCUGGAGCAGUACGUGCAGCGGCUGGCGGCGGCGGCGCGGGACUCGGUGGGGCGCUGCGGCCCGCUGUCCAACGCCUUCAACGCCACGCGCGACGCCGCCUGCAGGAAGAUACUCAUGCCCGUCAACGGCUACUGGAUGUCGCUGGCGUGGUGCGUGGUGCUGCUGGCGCCGCUGCUGCUGGUGGCGGCGCGGCUGGCGCGGCUGUACCUGCACGCCGACGCCUACCCCGGCCCGCUCGUCGAGGCCGAAUAUUUGUAUGACGCGUACGCGGACCGCGAUAACGUACCCCUUGCCAACGCCUACAAGGUGGAGAAGCGGUCGGCGCGGGAGCCCCGCGACGGGCGCGCGUCGCCCCGCGCCCGCGCGCGCGCGCCCGCCGCCGCGCCGCCCGCGCCGCGCGCCGCCGCCCUGGCGCCGCCCGCUGACCACUACCACGCGCGCAGAUAUAAUGAUAUGGCGCCAAAGCACUGGGAAGAAGGACCUCCCCGCUACCUCGGCUCUACUGAGUACGAGCGACCCCCUCCAUACUACUAUCCCGGACCAAAUCCUGUGAGAGUGAGCUCGAGAGACGACAUGACAGCUGUGCAGUUGACGCCGAAGCCCCCGACCGGCAGCUGGGCGGAGUAUCUGGGAGCUAGUUCGGGUGCCCCUAGACUCAGAAGAGCGUUUAGUAUGGAGGACGUACCUCCGCCGCCGAGCAAGGAACCCGCGACCAGUUGGGCGCAGUACUUGGCAGCUAGCGAGAGUUCCCUGAGUCGUCCAAUGUUCCCCCCCCGCGCGGAGCAGCGAGCCGCUCCGUCCGCGCCGCGCGAGCCCGUCACUAGUUGGGCAGAGUAUUUAGCCGCUAGUCCCAGCGCGCCAGUGUUCCCGGAGCCGCGGCGGCGCAGCGGCGGCGAGUGGGCCGCGCAGGGCACCGGCUGGAGCUGGGCGCAGUACCUCGGCGGCCGAGCGAGCGAUAGACAGUAAACUGGCGCUCACGGAACUCGACGAAGACCUGCUGAAGUACUGAGGCGUCCCCCCCCCCGCACACAUCUCCACACGUGAAGGAACAACACACAGCAGACAAUUUUGAACAGAAUGCUGCAGCCGUCACUGGCAGUCACACGUAACCGAUCUAUAUUUGACGGAGAUGAUCAAGUUUAAAUGAAACCUUAUAUACAGUGAUGACUACACUAUUCUGUCCGAGGUUACUGUUGCGUACGUAGUAACGCGUUGCGGGAAAAUUACUCUAUUUUAAAUACAAGAAUGAUUCAUGUAAUAGUGAUAAAUUAAGUGCAAACUCAAGUUUGAACAAGUAUUGUAUACUGCCGCUCAAGAGCGCUGAAUUGUGAUUCACGAAGUAUGUGACAUACGUACACACUGCCUGCCAACGAUAGGGUUGCCAUUCACUACUGUAG